AGUAAUGCUGAGACAGACUCCCAGAAGAUCUGAGCGAGUCGCGUAGCUGAGCCCGGCAGGGGCUGGGGUUGUGCUGCUGCUAUGAGCUGCACCAUCGAGAAGAUCCUGACAGACGCCAAGACGCUUCUGGAGAGGCUGCGGGAGCACGAUGCGGCCGCCGAGUCGCUGGUGGAUCAGUCGGCAGCGCUGCACCGGCGGGUAGCCGCUAUGCGGGAGGCGGGGACAGCGCUUCCGGACCAGGUCAGGCAGAGGUAUCAAGAGGAUGCAUCCGAUAUGAAGGACAUGUCCAAAUACAAACCUCACAUUCUGCUGUCUCAAGAGAACACACAGAUUAGAGACUUGCAACAGGAAAACAGAGAGCUGUGGAUUUCCUUGGAGGAACACCAGGAUGCAUUGGAGCUCAUCAUGAGCAAGUACCGGAAACAGAUGUUACAGUUAAUGGUUGCUAAAAAAGCUGUGGAUGCUGAACCAGUCCUGAAAGCUCACCAGUCUCACUCUGCAGAAAUUGAGAGUCAGAUUGACAGAAUCUGCGAAAUGGGAGAAGUGAUGAGGAAAGCAGUUCAGGUGGAUGAUGACCAAUUUUGUAAGAUUCAGGAAAAAUUAGCCCAAUUAGAGCUUGAAAAUAAGGAACUUCGAGAAUUAUUGUCCAUUAGCAGUGAGUCUCUUCAAGCCAGAAAGGAAAACUCAAUGGACACUGCUUCCCAAGCCAUCAAAUAACUGAACUCUGAAUGAUGGCUGGAGAUUGUCUAUCAAGGAAGGAAGUUACUAUCUUCCCAUUCAAGUACUGUCCAUUAAGUGUCUUGCCUCAGAUUUGAUUUAAUCUUAAUUAAAGGUAUCAGGUGGCAAUUUAGAAUUCCAGUCAAUAAUGGCUGUCCACGGUUCUCAGAUGUGUUACUAUGAAUACAUGCUGAAUUUCACCAUUCCUUUCUCAAAGAGACUACUUUUAAUUUUCAUUUCUGGGACUUUGAUUUAUAUAAACUAUGUUUUCAGUUCAUUGUUAUUUUUCACAUCUUUGAAACUUUGAGCAUUUUUUUAUAAGCCAGCAAUUUUAUUUUAUAUAGCAUUGUAAAAUACACUUCUAGGAAAUUUUAGGAAAGAUUUAACUUUUUAAAUCUAUUUGGCAUAAACCCUGAUUUUUUUUUUUUUCCAUUUGACAAAAUAAUACAAUUCCACAGAACUAGAUCAGCAGAUUCUCUGAUUUGUAAUGUCAUUUACCUGUGAACUUUUAAGUCUCUCUGGUGCUAAGAAUUGGCACUUUAUAGCCUGGUGCCUUUACUUUUAAUUUGAGAGAACCUACUGCUAGUCCCAGGAAACGUACUUGGAAAUAAGUCAGCUAUUUUUUUCCCCAGUGAUACUAUAGUUGUCAUAUUGUUCAAAGUUCAUACUGUUCAAAGCUGAGGAGCUUGUCCUGUGUGUGCGCAUGCACACAUGUGCACUUAGUUCAAAUACUAAAAGUAGCUUUUAUUAAAUAUAAUCAGCCAAAAAAACACACACAAAAAAUCAAAAAACCAAAUAUAAGUAGUCAGUUUUUCAGUGUUAUCGUAUUGGUUCUAUAUUCUAUUUUAAUUUUUAUACAAUUUCCAUUUUAUAAUCAAGAACCAUCACUUACUUGGAUUGGAUGUCUUUCAGUCCUAGCACUAAUAGGUAGUUGGCUUGCUUUUUUUUUUUUUUUUUUUUAACAUAGAAGCAGUUGUGUUUUUUUUGUUUUUUGUUUUUGUCUUUUUUCUUUUUUUUUUAAGCUAUAUAAAAAGGUGAGGAAGCAGUUUUGUUACCUAAUGAAAAUUAUUACACUCAUAAUGCUGUGUAGGCAACAUUGAGAUUCAAAUGCCCAGUGGUCACCUGGGUUCACUCAUC